GACACGCCGUCAGCCGGCUGAGACGCAGUUUCUGUCGAGUCGUUGGAGCGAACGGGACGGAGGUCCGCCGCUGCAGCCCGGGAUGGAGGGUUCACUGGAAGUGUGCGCGUCGCGCGGAGCCCGCGCGCUUCUCCUCUUCUGCCUCUUUGUUAUGAGGGCAGCAGCCGAAUGCCCGACACCUCAGGCAAGAGAAAGCAUUGUCCUUACUGAAGAAUCACUUCUCAUGAAUAAGUUUCCAGAGGGCACUCAGGCCACAUUCGAGUGUGCCCAUGGACACGUUAAGGACAGCGGGUCUGGGAUUAUAACCUGCACUAAUGACAUGUGGACUGAACCAGAUCUCAUAUGCAAAAAGAAAGACUGUGGUCCCCCCAUACCUCAGAAAAACAUGCACUUCAAUGCCAGUGGGGGUACCCUGUUCGGCGCUAUAGCAACAGUAUAUUGCGAUAAAGGCUACCAGAUCACCGGGAUGAGCUACAAACAGUGCUUUGCAACAGGAUGGAUUGGAAGAGCCAAGUGUGAGAUUAUAACAUGUGAAGAACCUCCUAAAGUGGCCAAUGGCAGAAGCUCAUGGGAUGUGCAAGAUGACCCAAAGUACGGAGAAACAAUCGAGUACACCUGUGAUAAAGGAUACACCCUCAUCGGGGCGGAUUCUAUCAUGUGUGGCGAAAGUGGUGAAUUCGACCCUCAGCCUCCUGAAUGCAGAGGUCUGACAACAGAAGAUCCACUUCUACAGACUCCCACAUUUCCAGCGCAAGAUUCUCCCACUUCUACAGCUUGGUCUGCCACACCCACUGCUCACAGAGAUAAAACUGUCACACUCACCGCAGCAUCAGCUGCUUCACCUUCAGAACGAGAAUUCGGCAGAGACAUUUUCAGAACUGAAGGUAAAGCUGCAACAACCACCGUCACAUCAACGACACCGCCUUCGUUACAAGGAAAACCUAAUAAAACUGAAGUUACUAACAGCGAUGUUGACUACAUCCCUGUCAUAGUCAGUGUGAUAUGUGUCUCAUUAGUUGGUUGUAUAGUUGCAUUCCUUUUACACAAGUAUCUUCUGAGGAGGAAAGGUUCAUAUGACACCAGAGAAGACCUGAAGCCGGAGUUAUUACAGUUCCAAAAUCUUUAGAUUGCCCGCCUAACUCAGAUACUCAGCAAACGGAACGGCGCCUCUCUGUUGAACAUCUGCGAAUCAGGAAGGAUGUGCCUCUGAACUCUGGCACAUCUCACUUUAAUAAUGUUGCACUUGAAAUGACAAGUAAUCAGAUCUACUGAAUAGCAUUGUAAUUUAAACAUAAGCACUUUUUUCUAUUGUUUUUUUUUAUGUCCCAUUAUUUUAACACAGAAAUGUAAAUAUUUGGUUUCUCUUUGUUAUUUAUAAUAUAAACUGGUGUCAACUCUUCUAAAAUGGCCUCGUUGGUGUUUUCCAGAUAAUUAAAAAAAACAUGCAAGGUUGAGAAAUGUCCGCAUGUUAUUAACAUGCGGUUUCAUUAAGACAGUCCAAACAAAAGUGAGUUCAAGAGGGAUACAAUGUGUUUAAUUCAGUUUGUGGGACUGAAUAGUGACUGAUAAAGAUACAAUCAAUUGCAUUCUUCGCCUC